AUGGCAACCCCAUACCCUACUGGGCAAGGUCCCUAUCCCACUCAGACUCAGAGCCCAUACCCACCACCGCAACAAACAUACCCACCACCUCCACAAGGAUACCAACAAGGUCAACAGGCACAACAAGGCUAUCAGUAUCCUCCCCCUUCAUCCUUCGUGGCACAGAAUCCACCGCAGAGUUAUGGGUCUCAGGAAAAGCUUGCUGUACCAAAUUUAUGUUAA